CUGUCGGUGGAAGAGAGUAGCCUGUCGUCGGUAGCCCGUACGGACCGAAAAUACAAGUCGAGCACUGCUGGACUUCGGACCGCUUCACAGCCUGGGUUGCCGUCGAGCAUCUUCUUUUGAUAAAAAUUAUAUAUAUUUCGUUUUGCAUCCUGACUUUUCCUGAUUGGGAGCUGCUGGGGACAUUUGCUGUCAGCUAACUUCCACAAUAGGUCGCUGCGUCGCUGGACUGCUGCAUGUGUUUUCUUUUAGCUUAACAGUUUGACUCCAGCCCUUCCAGCCGUGCCCAAUGCUGAGGAAUGGAUAGUGUGUCUGCUAAAGGUGGAAAGAUGGUCGAGAGUGAUGAACAGAGGGAUAGCGGCGGUGGCGCAGCGAUGGCCGCACUACAUCAAUGCGAACUCAUCCAGAAUAUGAUUGAAAUCUCCAUCUCCAGUUUACAGGGGUUACGGACCAAAUGCGCCGCGUCCAACGACCUCACACAGCAAGAAAUACGCACUUUAGAGGUGAAGCUGAUGAAAUACAUCUGUAAACAGCUGCAGUGCAAGCAGAAAGUGCCAGAGACAGAGAGGCCCGAGGCCCUGGACAGCUACCCGCACUUACGGGACUGGCUACGCACCAUCAACCUGCGACCGGAGCUUAUCGAGGCAGUAGAAGCAAAGUUGUCCCUGGAUGCCUUACUGCAGAUGUCAGGUGCUCAGGUGAGGGAUACGAUGCGAAGACUUGGUUCCAGUUCAGAAGAAUGUGCCAGGCUCAGUGCUGCCCUCUCUUGUCUAAAGAGUGCCACUGAAUCAGGGGGUGAACUGAGAGAAGACGGCAGUCCCUGGUUGUCUGAGCCCACAAGGAGGGACAGUGGUUCCCUACUGACUGCAGACCAGCUAACCGGCCUGGGGACUCCACACCGCGGCCACAGUCCCUCACCUCUUGCCCGCCCAUCCGCCAUCCAUUCCACGCCAUCAACCCCUUGCGCUACCUUCCCUCAUCCCCGCUCAGGCUCGGUGUCAGCGGCGCCCACUCCUGAGGCGCUGGCGUCAUACUGCCACGGUGACAGCCCUCUUACAGAUCCUUUCCCCAUGUCAUUACAUCGCACAGCUCGGCUCCACGGACACACUUCCACCCCGCCCAUAACUCCGCCCUCGAAGAGGCGUCACCGACUGAAGCCCCCCUGCACCCCUCCGCCUCCGUCCCGCAAAGUGCUGCAUCUGCUUCCCAACAUCACCCUGACACGCAGCAAAAGCCACGAGUCCCAGCUGGGCAACCGCAUCGAGGACCCACCCACCAACAAGUGUGUUAAAAAGAAUAAGUUGCUGCUGAAUAUGCAAGUUAACGGGAAUGGAUGUGAGGACUUGCCUUCUCGUUACCCCGUCAUGUCUGCGAGAACCCCUGGAGUCGCCCCAGCUGCCACCACAGCAUCUUACACCCUGCCUGGCACGCCCACCCUCAUGGAGGAGCACAGCACCAUUAAGAAUAAUGUAGCAGGGCAUCGCAACUCUCCACAAGCAGUGAGGAGGGACAUCGGCCUGGCAGUCACACACAGGUUUUCUACCAAGUCCUGGCUGUCCCAGACAUGUCAGGUGUGCCAGAAGAACAUGAUGUUUGGGGUGAAGUGCAAACACUGUCGGUUAAAGUGCCACAACAAAUGCACAAAGGAAGCCCCAUCCUGCAGAAUCUCCUUUCUACCAAUCGCCAAAAUUCGGAGGACUGAGUCUGUUCCCUCUGAUAUAAAUAACCCUGUUGACCGGCCGGCAGAAGCACCGCAGUUUGGCACACUACCAAAGGCCAUUACAAAAAAGGAUCAUCCUCCAGUACUGAACCAGCUGGACUCCAGCAGCAAUCCGUCCUCCACCACUUCGUCCACACCAUCCUCCCCAGCACCCUUCCAGCAGAGCAACCCCCCCAGCGCCACUCCACCACCCAACCCCUCACCCAAAGGCCAUCGGGAUAGCCGUUUCAACUUCCCCGCUGCCUGUUACUUUCAGCAUAGACAACAGUUUAUCUUCCCCGAUGUCUCCAGUCCUGCUCAUUUGCACCCGGAUGUCCUCCAUGACACUGUUUCUAUGUAUCGCACCAGUGAGAUUGAGCCGUCAGCGGAUGACAUCCAUGGUGAGCUGGUUGAAGAUGACGAUGAAGAGGCAGGAGAGGAGGAAAUUGAGGUUGAAGAUGAAGACGGCGAAGCGGAGGAUGAUAAUGAGGAUGAUGAUGAGGAGAAUGAGGACGAUGAGGAAGAUGAGGAUGAUGGCGAGGACAUGAGGAUGAACGUGGGUUCAGACGGUGAGUGCGAUGAGCUGGAUGAUCUCCCCAGCUCUCGGGGAAACCAGUGGAAGGGCCCCAUCUCCCGCAAAGCCAGCCAGACCAGCGUCUACCUGCAGGAGUGGGACAUCCCCUUUGAGCAGCUGGACCUCGGAGAACUCAUAGGAAAGGGCCGAUGGGGCAAAGUGCACAAGGGUCGGUGGCACGGAGAAGUGGCUAUCCGACUUCUUGAGAUUGAUGGGAACAAUCAGGACCAUCUGAAGCUCUUUAAAAAGGAGGUGAUGAACUACAGGCAGACGAGACACGAGAAUGUGGUUCUCUUCAUGGGGGCCUGCAUGGCUCCGCCCCACCUGGCCAUCAUCACCAGCUUCUGUAAAGGGAGGACACUGUAUUCAGUUGUUAGAGACACUAAAAACACUCUGGAUAUCAAUAAGACACGACAAAUUGCUCAGGAGAUUGUAAAGGGAAUGGGCUAUCUACAUGCUAAAGGAAUCGUUCACAAAGACUUGAAGUCAAAGAACGUUUUUCAUGAUACCAAUAAAGUCAUAAUCACAGACUUUGGGCUGUUUGGGAUUUCUGGAGUUGUUCAGGAGGGGAGGCGUGAGAACAAACUAAAACUUCCACAUGGCUGGAUUUGUUAUCUCGCACCAGAGAUUGUGCGCAGGAUGAGCCCAGGUAACAAUGAGGACCGCCUUCCUUUUUCCACAGCUGCAGAUGUGUACGCCUUUGGCACUAUUUGGUAUGAGCUUCAAGCUAGGGACUGGCCAAUCACCAACCAGCAUGUGGAAGCUACCAUCUGGCAGGUGGGGAGCGGAGAGGGCAUAAAGAAGGUCUUGGCAGAGAUCAGCCUGGGCAAGGAGGUCACUGAGAUCCUCUCUGCCUGCUGGGCGUACGACCUGAGGGAGAGGCCGACCUUCACCCAGUUGGCCGACAUGCUGGAGAAGCUUCCCAAACUCAACCGCAGGCUCUCCCACCCUGGACACUUCUGGAAGUCUGCAGAGUUGUAGCAGUCACUCUGAAACAUAAGCAAUGCAAAACAAAGCCUGGGUCUGCCUUGCAUGCUCCUGUAUCCUUAACUCUUGCAGGAUUGAUCAAAGCAUUGCCUCUGCCUGAAACAGACACUGCUUCCACUAAUCCACAGUCUGAUCUUCCAUGUCUAACCGUUACGUUUUCUCGUUGGGAAGAGAGGAUCGGUGGAGCGAGUGAGGUGUGGCGAGGGAGGGAGAGAGGGAGGGGGGGGACACAGCUGUCGUCUUUCACGCUUUCCCUCCUUUUCGGCUAAUAUCUCUUUGCCUUCCUUAUGGUUUUGUUCUGUGAUGUUGUGUGGGACUCUGAGGCUUGUGGUGUCUGUACUGAGACUGACUGGUGUGCUGUGGUCUGUGCCUGCUGAUGGCUGCCCUGUCCUCGGCCCGCUCACCUUCUCUGUGCUGCUGUGAUGUGGUUGUUCUCGCCGGGGCCCUGACCACACGGCUCUUCUUCUCUCUGAAACACACAAACAAAACACACUGCUGGACAUAAAAUGGACCCUUCUACCAAACGGACCGCUUCAUUUAUCUGUGUUUUCCCCCGAGGGGACGUACACAUUUGCAGGCUGAGUGAUGUUCUCAAACCAACUGCCUCUCUGCUCCUCUCUCUCAGUAUUGUGUGGUGGCAUGUGCUGAGAUAGUCACCAGCCCAUGUCUAGACACAAAAUGCACUUUGUCAACAGGAAAAAAAAAAAAAAUCAUGAAAACUUUUUUGUUGUUGUUGUUUAGUUUGGUUUUAAAUAGUCAUAUUGCAGUGUUUUCUUUUUGUUGUUUUUCUUCAGAAGGGUCUCAGAGGCUUGGACAGUGUGAUAUGCUCACUUGUAUGUUGUCUUUUUGGAGUAUAACUUGGUGAAUUCACUGUUUAUUGGAUGCAUUUGAAAACAGAGCACUGAUGAAGACUUGUGUAUGCUAAACGACAGGUGAAAUGUUCCCUUCAUCAUUCACAAUCCACAUGGGAAUAUAAUAAUGCUGGCUCUCUAUGAUUAAAGACUUUUAAUAAUAAUGUCCAUCCAUUGAAGUGUAAAGUGCACCUUAUAACAAUAUGAGUUAUUUCGAAAGAUCCUUCUUUCAAGAGUGAUUUCAUUCUCUCGCGCAAAAAAAAUAUAUAAAUCAGGAACCUGGCGCAAAAGUGUCCUAUAUCUUCCUAAAACAUUACCUCUUGUGCGCGCUUGUGUAUACUGUUUGUGAUUGCUGGCUUCAGUUGGCGUGCUUGUAUUUAUGUGUUGUGUGUGUGUGUGUGUGUGAGUGUGUGUGUGUGUGUGUGUGUGGGUGCACGUGUGACUGAAUACGUAGGGUUCGUGAAAGACUGCAGUAAAUGUUGUGUUGCAAAUCCAAUGGUAUGUACUGUACAUACAUUAUUUAAUGUAUAGCAAAUGGACAUGAUUCUUCUAAUAUUUGUAUAAACAUUUUAUAUGUAAAAUACAUCACAACAUUUUUGAAUAGGUACUGCUAUGGCUAUUACAGAUGUAUAUAUAUUUAUAUUUUUUUCAUGUAUAAAAAGCUGUACAAUUUUUUAGAAUGGGCCAAUACAUGUUUUUUUAUGUUAUUGUAAAAAUUCAUAUUUUUGUAUUGCAUGUGACUACCAUUCUGUACACGCAAUUUCUGUUUUCAUCCAUGAGAAAUAAAAUGAGGCUUGUC